UCCAAGAAGCAAAAAGCUUAGUACACCAUUACACCCAACACAAGCACAUCGACGGGAGACGGCGCUAGAGAGCGGGGCGACGAUGGACCUCGUCGUCGGCGCCUCCAACGACGCCGUGAAGUCCCUGGUGAACAAGCUCGGGAGCCUCCUCGCGCAAGAGUACACCUUGAUCCGGGGCGUCCGCGAUGACAUCCAGUACAUCACCGACGAGCUGGCCAGCAUGCAAGCCUUCCUCAACCGGCUGAAGCGGGCUCAAGGCAGGCACGACGAGCAGCGCCUGGACUGGAUGAAGCAGGUGCGGGAGGUGUCCUACGACAUCGAGGACUGCGUGGACGACGUCGACCACCGCAUCAGCGGCGAGCCCCGUGGGAGUGGCAUGGUGAUGUACGUCCGGAAGAAGUGGUACCUGCUCACCACGCUCUAUGCGCGCCACUGCAUCGCCACCGAGAUCGGCAACCUCAAGACUCGGGCUCAGCAUGUCAGUGAGCGGCGCAUGAGGUACGGGGUGAAGGAGCUUGAGGACGGCGAUGGGUGCCCUGCCGGAGCAAGCGCUCCCCGAGAUAUCAUAUCCCCUCCUCCCCAGCUCAUCGGCACAACGGAGCCUGUGGGCUUGGAGGACGCCAAGAAUGAGCUCAAGCCAUGGUUUAUGGAAGUGGGGCGUCAGAGCACUCAUGGUCAGCCCAAAUUCAUUGCCAUUGUCGGGUUUGGUGGCCUUGGCAAAACCACGCUCGCCAUGGCGCUGUACCGCGAGUUUGGGGAAAAAUUUGAUUGCAGAGCAUGUGUGCUCGCAUCGCAGAAGUUUCAUCUCCCAACGGUUCUGAAAAGCCUCAUCAAGCAGGUCCAUGAGCAGCAGUCCAGUGCUUCAAAGAAUGACCUCGACGAGAUCGACGAGUGGAGCGAAGAGGUCCUAAAAAAGAAGCUCGCGGAUCUGCUAAAAGAGAAGAGGUACCUCAUUUUGAUAGAUGACAUAUGGUCUGUAUUCGCAUGGGAAAAUAUUAGAGACUCUUUUACCAAGAAUCAGAAGGGUGGUACCAUAGUGGUGACAACACGGUUCAAAUCUGUAUCAGAAGCUUGCCGCCGUCAUCAAGGUCAUGUCUUCGAGCACCAGCCCCUUCAUGAUGGAAAUUCCUACAGCCUAUUUCUUGAAAUAAUCUCCAGUGCUGCUGAUGCCCUUUGUCCUGCUAGACCCAUCAAUGGUGAGAUUAUUAAAAAGACUUGCAGAGGUCUGCCCUUAGCAAUAGUUGUGGUGGCAGGUCUUGUGGCAAGUAAAAUGAAAUCGGAGUCUAAAAUGAGCUUAGAUCACCAUUUGGCUCAAGUAGGCGAGGAUUUAAGUCAAGUCUUGGGGAAUAAUCUCACCACAGAAGGAGUGACACACAUACUGAGCUACUGCUACAACAAUUUACCAGCUGAUCUCAAGACCUCUUUGUUGUACAUGAGCAUGUUUCCCAAGGGUUGCCAAAUCAGCAGGAAGCGUCUGAUCAGAAGAUGGAUUGCUGAAGGGUUUAUCUCUGAUAAACAUGGGAAGACUGUCGAGGAAGUUGCUGAAGAUUGUUUUAAUGAACUUAUUAGCAGGAACUUAAUCCGAGCAGUCAACAACAGCAGCAACGGCAAGGUGAAGAGCUGCCAGAUUCAUGACAUGGUUCUUGAGUACAUCGUUUCCAAGUCAAGUGAGGAAAAUUUCAUCACUGUGGUUGGCGGUCACUGGCAGACGCCAUUUCCAAGCUACAAGGUGCGCAGGUUGUCCGUCCAAAAGAGUAAUGGGAAAGAGAAGGAAAUGGUAGAGAGGAUGAAAUUGUCUCAUGUCCGGUCCUUAACAGCGCUAGGGAGUUUGAGAGCGCUUCAUUCUACGUUGCACAAGUUUCAGAUAUUGCAGAUGCUAGAUCUUGAAGGUUGCAAGGAUUUGUCCUUGAACCAACUCAAGAAAAUAUGCAAAAUGCAUCAGCUGAAGUACCUGAGCUUGCGCCGUACGGACGUCGAGGAGAUCCCAUCCAAAAUUAGUCGGCUUGAGUCUCUGGAAGUACUUGACAUAAGGGAGACGAGCAUCAUAAUUUUGCCUGAGUCCGUUGAUAAGCUUCAGAGAAUGGAGCAUCUACUUGCUGGCAACAAGAACAAGCGGCAUGCAUUGAAAUUAACUGAAGGAAUCACAAAGAUGAUGGCUUUACAGACAUUAUCUGGGGUUGAGAUCUGUGCUGGCUUUUCUAUGGAACUGCUUAGAGCCUUGCAGGAUCUUACCAACCUGAAGAAAUUCAUCAUCUACAAGGUCGGCUGUACCAUCGGCAACUAUGAGUUACUGCUGUCUGCCAUUGAGCAUCUGAGCAGCUGCUCCCUCAAGUAUCUUGCAAUUGACGAUGAUUUCACGGGAUUCCUUGACACCUCACUGAAUGCUUCACAAGCCCCACCAGAGCACCUGCACACCCUCGGUCUCUCUGGCAAGUUGUCUCAAGUGCCCAAGUGGAUUGGUAGUCUACACAACCUUGAGAAGCUAACCUUGUCGUUGACUUCACUCACGACAGAUACCCUGUCGGUUCUUGCUGAGCUGCCCCAGUUGUUCUCUCUCAUUUUCUCACUUGACUCAACCAAGAAGGAUGCAAGUGUUCUCAAGAUCCUCCAUGAUAAUACACUUAAGUCAAGUGGGAUGAUCUUUGUGCCAGCUGGGGGAUUCAGAAAGCUUAAACUGCUAUGCUUUGCGGCACCUGUGCUGCCACCUCUUAGCUUCCUGGAAGGGGCAAUGCCGUGGCUCCAAAGGAUUGAGCUGAGGUUCAGAAUGGUGGAGGGUGUAUAUGGCCUGGAAAAUCUUUCAAGUAUCCAGCAGGUGGUCCUGACUGUCAGCAGUCAGGCGCCUGAAGAUGCCAAGGCAAAAGCGUCCCAAGUCAAGAAAUUAGCAAGCAUGAUUCCUGGGAAGGUUAAUGUCCCAAGUGUGGUUAUUGAUGAGUACAACGAAUCAGCAGAAUAAAAUUAGGUUAUCUGGGUAAUCCACAUGGUACACGGAAGAGUAAGAGUACACGGACAGUGAUGAAGAUAGCGUCAGUCGAGUCAAGCAGGACGGAGGCGAGUCGAGUAGGCGGCCCGGGAGCCGAGAGCGAAAGACUUGGAGGAGUCGAAGGCUUGGCGGAGGCUGGACACUCGUCGACAUCGGUGAGUCACGCCUUGCGGGGCGUGCGAGAGGGUUUGACCGGUUUGGCCUCAAAACCGAGGAUGAGUCACGCUUGCGGGGUGUACAGGAGGGUUUGACCAGUUUGGCCUCAAAAUCGGGGGACGAGUCUGGUGCGGCUGGACAGCUCGAGUCGAAAGAUGCGUGGCACCAUCGCGAAGCUUGCGUCGAGGCGAAGUAAAGUCGUGAAGGCGUCGGGUCCGUCCGAUGUACGAGGAAAAAGUUGGACGAUUUUACCCCUAGAGGUAUUUGAGUUGUGUGCUUCAUGUAAAGGCAUUGUGAUCAUUUUCCGAAUGCAUGUGUGUGUGAAGAGGGUUGUUGGCAGCCACAUCUCUUUGGUGGUAGGCUCCUCAUUUGUUUGUGAGAGUCUUUGGGUGUGAGAGAGGGAGAGGGAGAGAGGCGUGGAUCUUUGUAUUGAUCUUUUUGCAAUCCUAACUUUGAUUGUGCUUAGAAGUGGCUCGUAACCGAACAUGGUGGAGUAAUCCAAAAAUUAAUUU